AUGGACAGCCUCACCCCUUCCGACCUCUUCUCGCCCUCCAAAGCGCGUCAGCAGCGCGCACAAGCCCAGGACUGGGCGCACAUCGACUCAUGGCUGUCGUACAAGUAUGCCGGGCGCACGGUGCCGACGUUCGAGCGCAACGAGGAGACGCUCAAGGUCCUCCGCGAGCUGUCCAUGGCAAAUGAGCGCGCCGACGAGGAGAGGACCGUCAUGGAGCGCCUGGAGAGGGAGGCAUUGAAGGAGCUGGACGAGGUCCCCAGGAAUGAAGUCGACGAACGCAUCCUGUCCAGGCUGCAAGCGAGCCUUACCCCCGAAGGCGAGCAAGCGCUCAAUGCACUCGCAUCCACAGCUGUGGCUCUCAACCUACCGACCGCCAACCCCGAGAGCAUCGCGCAUGCUCUCAUACAGCACACGACCGCCUCGCAGAACCUCACGAACCAGCUGCAGCACAUCCACACACUGCAAAGUUACCUAGACAAGCAGCAAGCUCUCCUUCGAACCCAGCUCCACGAGCUCCAAACGAAUCCCGCCUUCGCAACGCCGUCCAAUCUCCAGCGCCAGACGACGGAGCAAACGCGUCAGGUUAAGCACCUACGCAACAAGAUCCGCGAACACGAAGACAAGCUCUCGUCCCUCCAGUCGUCGCAAUCGCGCAACAUGACGCCGGGGUCCAAGAACGUUGGAUCUGCCGAGGCUAUAACCGACAUGUUGGAGCAGCAGAAGGCUCUCGAUGAGCUGCGAGAACGAGUAGAAGGCCUGGAGAAGCAGGUCGGAGAAUUUGGUGGCCUGCCUGCGGACAAAGAGGCGGCCAGGAAAGAGGUGGGUAAACUGGAGGUUAGGCUUGACGAAUUACGGAGGAGACGGGAUGAGUUGUUCGAGGGGCUGGUAGGACAGUAG